CUCAGAGCCUGCAGGAGGAAAGUUUCGCUUACCCGGGGAGAGAGGAGCGAACAUGGCAGCGCGAUGGUGGCUUCGGUGUGUCUCUGCUACCGUGGCAGUGGCGCUUCUGCUCGUUUACCGAGUUCCGUCGACCUCUGCCCAAAGAAAGAAGGAGAUGGUGUUAUCAGAAAAGGUUAGCCAGCUGAUGGAAUGGACCAAUAAAAGGCCUGUAAUAAGAAUGAAUGGAGACAAAUUCCGUCGCCUUGUUAAAGCCCCACCGAGAAACUACUCUGUUAUUGUCAUGUUCACUGCUCUCCAACUUCAUAGACAGUGUGUCGUGUGCAAGCAAGCUGAUGAAGAAUUCCAGAUCCUGGCAAACUCCUGGCGAUACUCCAGUGCAUUUACCAACAGGAUAUUUUUUGCUAUGGUGGAUUUUGAUGAAGGCUCUGAUGUAUUUCAGAUGCUAAACAUGAAUUCAGCUCCAACUUUUAUCAAUUUUCCUGCAAAGGGGAAACCCAAACGAGGUGACACAUAUGAGUUGCAGGUGCGGGGUUUUUCAGCUGAACAGAUUGCCCGGUGGAUAGCAGACAGAACUGAUGUCAAUAUCAGGGUAAUACGACCCCCAAAUUAUGCUGGUCCCCUUAUGUUGGGAUUGCUUUUGGCUGUUAUUGGUGGGCUUGUGUAUCUUCGAAGAAGCAAUAUGGAUUUUCUCUUUAACAAAACUGGAUGGGCAUUUGCAGCAUUGUGUUUUGUGCUUGCUAUGACAUCUGGUCAAAUGUGGAACCACAUAAGAGGACCACCAUAUGCUCAUAAGAAUCCCCAUACAGGACAUGUGAAUUAUAUACAUGGAAGCAGCCAAGCCCAGUUUGUAGCUGAAACACACAUUGUUCUUCUGUUCAAUGGUGGGGUGACCUUAGGGAUGGUACUUUUAUGCGAAGCUGCUACCUCUGACAUGGAUAUUGGAAAGCGAAAGAUAAUGUGUGUGGCUGGUAUUGGACUUGUUGUAUUAUUCUUCAGUUGGAUGCUCUCUAUUUUCAGAUCUAAAUAUCAUGGAUAUCCAUAUAGCUUUCUGAUGAGUUAAAAAAGAUCCCAGAGAUAGACACUGGAGUAAAGGAAAUUGAAAACCAUAUAUUUGAAAAGAAGAAUUCAAUUUGUGUAUUUUAUAUUACCUCUUUUUUUUUCAAGUGAUUUAAAUAGUUAAUCAUUUAACCAAAGAAUAUGUGUAGUGCCUUAAGCAAUUUCCUGUCAAAAUCAUAAAGCAUUUGGAUAAGAUUCUCCUUUUCAUUACCUUCCCCCUCCCAGUGAACUUUAUGGAGCAUUUAAUUUUGUAGAAUUAAGUAUAUUAUAAAUAUUUUUAAAUUGCUACUUCAUUUUAAUUAGGACAAGGCUCAAAAUGGCUUUAGUUAACUUUUGGUCAUCUAAUUUCAUACUGUCUUAACCAAAAGAGAGGAAAGAAUCCUGGACAGGUGUUCCCUCAUGUCUGCUGCAGAUAACUGCAUCAGUAAUCCAUUCUUAGUUUUUCCAUCUUUGCAUGGAUAUGUAUACUUUGCAUGACUUCCUUUUAGGCAGAGAAAUCCUGAGUGUUAUAUGGUUUCCUUAAAGUGGAAGACAAUUUUCAGAGUAUACUUCUAGCCUUUAGGGCAAAGGCUAGCCAGUCCUCUUCCUCCUAAGUCUUUCCUACAGAAAUACAGUGAUCUUUAUGCUUAUUGGUAGCUAUAGACCUUAAAAAAAAUCUCAAUACAUAAUUAUGAUUUCUGCAUGAGUGUGAUGGUAACUGCCUUGUAUUUGGAAAGAUUUCGGAUUCAUUCCAUCUCCCUAGUAUUCUUUUAUUUAAAGUGGCCCAUCUCUAAUAAAAAUGUAGCUUAGGGCUAAAUCACUGUAAUUUAUAAAUGGCUUAAAAUGUUUCUGCUGAUUAGAGAUUCUCACUUAUUUCAUUUGUUCUUAAGUGAAGCAUAGCCUUACACAUAGAUCAGCUGAAGUUGAUUCUGUAUUACUGUUACAAUAUAUUUCAUUAACCGUUAUGUUUAAGAAGAGGACCUAAAGUAGGGAAAGAAAAUCAUGAAAUAUUGAGUUGUUGCCUGUGUAUAGAAAUUAAGUGUUUCUUGAAAGCUGUUCUGUUUUGGCCAUUUUAGCCUUUAUUCUCUCCUUUUAAGUGGAGAAACAAAGUAAAAAUUUGAAGGGGUUUUUGAAUUUUGUCUUUUUCUCUUCAGUGGAGAUAGCCAUAUGUGCUAACCAAAUUUCUGUGAAGUAUGUAAAUUAAUGGUUAUCAUUAGCUAUAACUAUAACCUCCCUCAUAGUUAUCAAAAGUAACCUGAAAUGCCACUAUUAUGGAAGCAAAUUGUGAUUGUGACAAAAAAUUUUAAAUAAUUUUUAGAAAUAUCACAUUUUAAAACAAACUACUGUAACUGCCUCUUCCUAUUACCAUCUAUUAAUCCUCCCAUGUGAUACAGAAUUUUACUGAAGGAGGUGGAUAUAAUUGCCUCAGAAGAAAUGUUUUAUGUGAGUUUUUGUUUUUAGUUUUUUGUUAGUAGAUUUGGUGGGUGGGAGUUAUGUGGAGACACGUUUUUGUUAAUUGCUCCCUCUAAAUUGUGUGAUUUUGGAUCCCUUUUUCUGCUGUUCUUGUAUUUGUCUAAGGCCAAAGUAAUUUAUGCUGUGAUUCUUACGGUUGAGACUUGUGUAAAAAUGCCCUGAUUUUUACAAACUGACCAGGGGAAUACGACUGCUAUUUAAUCUGUAUAGCUCCAGAUAAUUUGCCAUGAGCACUGAAAGAAUGAAAGUUUUUCAAAUUCGUUUUGUCUCCCUUACUUUUAAGAGCACAUUCUUCUUCUAUAAGGAGAAAAGUGGUAGUCUGGCUAAAAUCUGUGGAAAGCAGAUUUACUACACUUAAAAUACUGUUACUUUUGUGGAUAUUUUGAAAUUAGCUCUCAUCUGAAGUGCCUUAAGUAUACUCUUAAUUUACUUUUCUAGUAAUGGUUUAAACAUCACUUGUUAUGCAUUUUUAAAAUACUAUGGAGAAUGACACAUUGUAGUGGCAAAAAUAAUGAACUCUCUGGCUAUUUGCUUUUGACUGUUUCAAUAAACUUUUACAAUCUGAA